UUAUUAUUACUAUUAUUAUUUCUUCGUGAUGUGUCAUGUGUGUGUGUGUGUACAUUUAAUGAUGAAUUUUUUUUUUUUGUGAUGAAAUACGUUGAUAUAUUUUGACAUAAAUGACUGUAAAAAUAAACAAAACAUUAAUAAAAUUUACAAAACAAUAAGUGAAUAAUUUUUUAAAAUAAUUUGGCUUUAAAGUGAAUAUACAGCAAGCAUCCAUUUUUUUAAACACGUAAUAAUAUCACAUGAUCAAAAUAUAUAUAUUUUUUUAAUCAACUGUACUUUUUUUUUUAUAUUUUUAUUGUUAUUAUUGUGAAUUAUUUAUUUAUUGUCUCUUUCUAAACUUGAAAUUCCUCAACACACCAAUACAGAAUAAUAAUAAAAAAAAAACAUUCUACUUGUUUUGCAUAAAUGAAAAUUAUUUAAAAAAAAAGGAGCAGUUUUUUAAUCAAUUAAUUAUAAAAAUAGACGUGCAAAUAAUGUGAAAGUAAUUUUUGUAUUUAAAAAAAAAAGUAGAUCUUUUUUGGAUCUUAAUUAAAAAAAUUGACGAAUGAUUUCUUUGAAGGAUACUGAUAAUCCAGAAUAUUACACCUUGGAAAUGACGAGUAAUGGUUUAGAGACAAGUGGUGGUGAUGCACGUUUACGAACAAGUGCUGUUAAUCGUGGAGUAAAUAUCAGUAGUGACGAGGACAUGUUGGAGCCAAGUCAACAAUCAACAUCAUCAUCACAUACAGCUAAUAAUUCUUAUCUUGAAAGAAGUAUACGUCUUGAAGAUGCAACAUCACACUUUUCAGUUGAAUCAGAUGAAAUACCUGGUAUUGGACAGUAUGAAGAUUUUCAUACAAUUGAUUGGCAACGUGAUAUUGCACGUGAUCGUAUGAGACAUCGUUAUAUUGUUAAAAAACGUCAUGAUUCAAUUUGGGAUCUUAUAAAAGGUGCACAUGAUGCAUGGUCAGGAUGGUUAUGUGUUUUAUUAGUUGGUAUAUUUACUGGUGUUGCUGCUGGUAUUAUUGAUAUUGGUACAUCAUGGAUGUCUGAUUUAAAAUUUGGUAUUUGUCCACAAGCAUUUUGGUUAAAUAAAGAACAAUGUUGUUGGAGUUAUAAUGAAACAACAUUUGAUGGUGGUAAUUGUUCACAGUGGUUACCAUGGCCAGAAGUAUUUGGACAAGCUAAAGAUGGUGUUGGACCAUAUAUAAUUUCUUACAUGUUUUAUAUUGCAUGGGCAUUAAUAUUUGCAUCAUUAUCAGCAUCAUUAGUCAGAAUGUUUGCUCCAUAUGCAUGUGGAUCUGGUAUUCCAGAGAUUAAAACAAUUUUAAGUGGUUUUAUAAUUCGUGGUUAUUUGGGUAAAUGGACAUUGAUAAUAAAAUCAGUUGGUUUAAUAUUAUCAGUAUCUGCUGGUUUAAGUUUAGGCAAAGAAGGUCCAAUGGUACAUAUUGCUUCAUGUAUUGGAAAUAUAUUUUCAUAUUUAUUUCCAAAAUACGGAAGAAAUGAAGCUAAAAAAAGAGAAAUAUUAUCUGCAGCUGCUGCUGCUGGUGUGUCUGUUGCUUUUGGUGCACCAAUUGGUGGUGUACUAUUUAGUCUUGAAGAGGUCAGUUAUUAUUUUCCAUUAAAGACAUUGUGGCGUUCUUUUUUUUGUGCAUUAGUUGCAGCAUUUGUCCUACGUUCAAUAAAUCCAUUUGGUAAUGAACAUUCUGUAUUAUUUUAUGUUGAAUAUAACAAACCAUGGAUUUUCAUUGAACUCAUACCAUUUGUGUUGCUUGGAAUUAUUGGGGGUGUUAUUGCAACAAUAUUUAUAAAAGCAAAUUUAUACUGGUGUAGAUAUCGUAAAACAUCAAAACUUGGUCAAUAUCCAGUAACAGAAGUUUUAGCUGUAACUGUUUUAACAGCAAUUAUUGCAUUUCCAAAUCCAUACACAAGAAUGAAUACAAGUCAAUUGAUAUACCUGUUAUUUCGCAAGUGUGGUGUAUCAAAUGCUGACAUGUUAUGUGAUUAUAAUCGUGAUUUUACAAAUACAAAUUCAACAAUUGAAACAGCAUCAGCUGAACCAGGUGUAUAUAAUGCAGUUUGGUUAUUAAUGUUUACAUUAAUGAUAAAAUUAAUAAUGACAAUAUUUACAUUUGGUAUUAAAGUACCAUGUGGUUUAUUUAUUCCAUCAUUGGGUAUGGGUGCAAUUGUUGGACGAAUUGUUGGUAUUGGAAUGGAACAAUUAGCAUAUAAUUAUCCUCAUUUUUGGUUAUUUAGUGAAGAAUGUACUGUUGGAACAGAUUGUAUAACACCUGGUUUAUAUGCAAUGGUUGGUGCUGCAGCAGUAUUAGGUGGUGUUACAAGAAUGACUGUAUCAUUAGUUGUUAUUAUGUUUGAAUUAACUGGUGGUGUACGUUAUAUUGUACCAUUAAUGUGUGCAGCAAUGGCUAGUAAAUGGGUUGGUGAUGCACUUGGUAAACAGGGUGUUUAUGAUGCACAUAUUGCAUUAAAUGGUUAUCCAUUUUUAGAUAGUAAAGAUGAAUUUCAACAUACAACACUUGCUGCUGAUGUUAUGCAACCAAAACGUAAUGAAAUAUUACAUGUAUUAACACAAGAUUCAAUGACUGUUGAUGAUGUUGAAAUGUUAUUAAAAGAAACAGAACACAAUGGUUUUCCAGUAAUUGUAUCAAAAGAAUCACAAUAUCUUGUUGGUUUUGUAUUACGACGUGAUUUAAAUUUAGCAAUUGCUAAUGUUAAAAAAAUGAUUGAUGGAAUAACAAAACAAUCACUUGUAUUAUUUACAAAUGGUAAUAAUUUACCUGUACAUACACCAACACCAUUGAGACUUAAAAAAAUAUUGGAUAUGGCACCAAUAACAAUUACUGAUCAAACACCAAUGGAGACUGUUGUUGAUAUGUUUAGAAAAUUAGGACUUAGACAAACUCUCGUCACUCAUAAUGGACGACUGUUAGGAGUUAUUACGAAAAAAGAUGUUCUCAGACAUGUGAAGCAGCUUGAUAAUGAAGAUCCAAAUUCUGUUUUAUUUAAUUAACAUUAAUAAGUAUAAUAAAUAAUUCAUAAAAGGUAUGAGAGAGUAUGUAUAUUUUUUUCUUUUUUUUUUUACAAUGUUAUGUACACAAUUAGUGUUUUUUUUUUAAAUAAUGACCUUGAUUAAUGAUCUUUAUACGUUAAAAACUCAAAUAUUUAUUUCAAUUAUACAAAAAUAUAUUUUAAUCGCUCAACGAUAAAAUAAUAUUGAUUCAAACUAAUUUACUAUUUAUAGUUAUGAAUUUUAUUUGUUUUUUAUCAUCAAGUGUAAGAUAAUCUUUCGAUAUUAAUAAUUAUAGAGCAUAGAUUUUGUAGAAAAUUAAAUUAAUAUUUAAUAAUUAUAUUUUAAAGUUGAAUUUUUAUUUAUUUAAUUUUUUGCACUAAAAAAAAAUUUGGAAACGUAAAUUUACGAAAAAUUUUCAGAAUAAUUAGAGGAUUAUAAAGUGAAGAAAGUAAGCAUCCACAAACAGAAAAUAUCUCCUUGUUCAUCCUAUAUUCUUGAUACAAAUCUGCCAUUUUUUUGAAAAAUAUUUAUAGAAUUUUUGAAAAAUUAGGAGAGUUAAAAGUAGAGGAAGCAAAUUUCUCAAAACAUCGAAUACCUCUUCGAUUAUUCUAUGUUCCUGAUACCAAGACAAUUUUUUUUUCACGAAAUUUUAAGCGAAUUUUAAAAAAAAUUAGGGACACAUAAAGUACAGGAAGUAAAUUCCUCAAAACAUCAAAUACCUCUUCGGUUAUUUUAUUCUCCUGAUACUAAAAUGGUUUUUUUUUUUUUAAUUGACGGUGAAAUUUUGAAUUGAUCAGGGAAUUAUAAAGCAAA